AUGUUGUGUUUUUAUAAUUAUAAAAAUGGCGGAAGACAGACAACUGAACAGUGGAAAAUUUAAUUCUAACAUGCAAGAUCAACAUGAAAGGAAGAACAACGGCCACGUCCGAUCCGGAGGAAAGGGUAGCGCAGGGGGCAAGUCGCAAGUAAUUUACCGUCCGGGCAGUGGCCCCUUGAAGAAGACUGGCGAAGCUGACAAUAUAACUGAGCACGGCGGCCCCAAGGCGGGCGCCAAAGGGUCCUCGGCGCGGCCCAGCGGGGGCGACUGGCGAAAGCCUUCGCAACAGUUGUACCAGCCUCCGGUCAACAACAGCCGAGAGUCGACACCGGGGCCCCCAGAAUUGCCCCCCGAGAAAGCGUUGUCCAUCAAAAUGUCGCAACUGAGCACUGCGGACAACGACUCUUCAGACGACAAGAAGAAAAGCAAAAAGCCCGAGUUGGCCAUCUACGUCCCAAGGCCUAAAGCCCAGGCCAUGGCCGAGGGUGGAGAGGAGCCAUGGGAGGGGCAGGGUAAAGGACGAGGACAAAAGAAAAUGACCUCGUCAAAUUCGUGGGAGCAGCAGCCUGGCAAUAAAGGUAAAGCAGAAUCCUGGGACCGACCAAAGAAGAAUGACAUGCCCGAGUGGAGAAAGCAGUCUAAUAAGGAACAGGGUCGGAAAGUAAAAGGGUUUGGAAAAAGGGGUCAAGCAGACGACACAUCAUGGCGGAGUCAAAGUCCGCUGCAAAGAAGCGAAAGCAUGUCUGGCCUGAGCCCAUCAAGAGACUUGAGACAAACGUCUGAACCCCGUUCCUUGCCCUUUGACGGUCGACCUGUGCCGGGCCGAGGCAGCGAACCGCCCAUGAAACCGCCGAUGGGUCCUCCCAGAGGGGGUCGUGGCGCCAAACCCAACAUGCAGAGUUUGCCACCGCGCUUCCAAAAAAUGCAAAAGGCCAACGACGAGUGGGACGGCAACAAGAGCCUUGUCUUUCAAGGCCACUCGCACACCCUGCCCCAUCCUCCCAGAAACAGUCAGCAGGGACAGGGCAGAGGAGGCGAUCGAAGACAUGAGGAACCGCGAAACGCACGCUCAGCCACACCGGAUCAGUUCAAAAGACCGAAGACUCCUCCCCACCAUGGAGGAGGCGGACGCGGGAGAAGACCCUCGCCGUCGGACAGGCGAACCCCAAGUCAAGACUGGAGCGGCAUGAAAUCGCCCUUUGGUAUGAGGCGCACACCUAGCCAGGAGAGUGUUGGCAGGAGAAGAGGAAAACAUAGGAACAGGUACAACAGUGGAGGCAGUUCGUUGGAUGAAAAUGGCGGUUAUAGAGACAGGAGGCACAGCGACCCUCGGGUCACACCCCAACCUAGCGCCAAAGUAGCCGAAGAUAAAGGAUCUGACGAAGAACUUGGGCAACUCAUGUCUUUGAAUGUGCCGGAAAUUACUGACUGGAGUGCUGAAGUUGAAGAGAGCGAUAGAUUGGAGGCCGAGGCUUUGAUAAGCGAGACCGAAUCCAACGCUGCAAAAAGUGAACAAUCAUCAAAAAGGAAAAGGAACAGAAGAAAGAAACAGAAGAAAGGAGGGGAAAGGAACAAAGAAUCGACUGAGAAGUCUCCAGCACCCGCGGACAAAUCACCCACCCCUCACAAAGGAGGACUUUUGAUCCUCCCAGCCAAACUAGACUUGGGCCAGUCUCCCCCCUCACAGUCGGUCCAGCGCACCCUUUACGACCCAAACAAUCCGUCGAAACCAAUCAUGAUGAAGGCGGCAGGGAUGCGCAUGCCACAGCCUCAGUUUCCUCAGUUCAGUUCGCCUCCGGAAAUGGGCAUGCACGGCCGCAUGCCUGCUCCUCCCCACCCCUAUCCACCUGGAGCGCCUUUCAUGUACGGACCCUUCACCAGACCCGAAGCAAGCAUUGCAGGGAAACCAUUGUGGUAUGACCACUAUUCCGAAAAUUUUAGAAAUUGUCGAAAUCCUCACUUACUAAUUGACAUUGAGCAAGCUGAUUGGGAACUGACAAAAAUUAUAAGCACGGUCGGCAUUGUUCAGAGUUGGCCUAAAAUUUGUCAAAUUAGGCAAUUUUUACUUAACUCUCUAAUGAUGCUCCUGCUGCAAGAUCUCAGAUUUUCCCAAAUGGAAAACAUUGAAAUACAUAUAUGGAAACUGGCUUUUUACCAAGUGAUAGAACUGCUCAGAAAAGGCCAAGCGGAGGCCGAAGGCAAUCAGGAGUUGAAGGAGUUGCACAAGAAGACUUUGCUUGCUGUGAUAGAGGACGGCAUUAAGUUUUUCGACAAUUUGCUAACAACUCUGCAGGACACUUAUAAAUUCAGCGUUGAAGAACUGACCGGCGAAGGCGCACCGAUGCUGACCCAGCAGCCCAACCAGUAUCCUCCAAUCACAAAUUUAGCCAUAAUUUCUGCACAAAAGGUCUGCUUGUAUAUGGGUGACCUGGCAAGGUACAAGGAGCAGGCCAACGACACAAGCAACUUCAACAAAGCCAAGCAGUGGUACACUAAAGCUCAAAUGCUCAAUCCAAAGAACGGGCGCCCCUAUAAUCAAUUAGCAGUUUUGGCUCUUCACGCUAGGAGAAAACUGGAUGCAGUUUAUUUCUACAUGAGAAGUCUGAUGGCAUCAAAUCCUUUCCAGACGGCUCGAGAAAGCCUUUUACUGUUGUUUGAUGAAAAUAGGAAAAAAGUAAAUUUGAUUGCACUUCCUGGAAUUGGAAACUUAUGUUGGAAUUUGCAGUUUGAAUCUCUUGAAAAGAAGAGGAGGGACGAACAAGCAGCUGAAGAGAAGGAAAGACUGCAAGAAAAGGCAGCAGUCAGUAAAGGCCACCGAAGAGAAAUCUGGAUUCACCCAGACAAUAGUUCCAAAGAGUGGCUUACCCCGACUGAUAGUGAAAAGGAUGCUGACUGGAGAGAAGAAGAGUUGUCCAAGAUGUCAUUUACUGAGCUCAACAAGCAAUUCCUCACAAGUUACCUUCAUGUUCAGGGCAAGCUUUUCACCAAAAUUGGAAUGGAAACAUUUCAAGAAGCAGCCCACCAAAUGUUGAGAGAGUUCCGGGCUCUCCUGCAGCAUUCUCCAGUGCCUGUCAGUAGCGCCAGGUUCCUGCAACUCCUCGCCCUAAAUAUGUUUGCCAUCGAGAACACUCAGCUCAAAGAACGCAACAUCGAGCCUGGCUACCGGUCGGUGAUGCAAGAGAACGCCUUGAUCGUCUCCCUGCAAAUGUUCAACCUGAUCUUGGAGCGGUGCGCCGAUCUCUUUCCAGCGCCGGCCGCCCCCGUGACGAAAAUCCAAGAGCUUGGUGACGUCUCCGAGGACCUGCAGACCCUGUUGCCGGCCAUCAAGGUGUGGUGCGACUGGUUGUUAUGUCAUACUGCAGUGUGGAACCCUCCGCCUUCCUGCGCCGACUACAUCGUGGGGCCCCCGGGCGACGCGUGGACCCGUUUGGCCAAUUUGGUCAAUCGGCUGGAGAGACUGGACCUGUCGGCGCUUGAGCUGUCAACAAAAAAGCUUGAAGGUUUCGAAGUGCUGAAACUGCCCGAGGACAUGGCGCUGGCGGGAUUCACCCCGCUCAUGUACAACAUGCAGGAGUUGGUCUACGUUCCUAAAAACCUGGACAUGGCGUGUGUCUUACCAAGUAAUUUUGAUGUCCAGGAGUUGGCUUACAACUGUCUGAGAAUCAAAAAGGUCCAGUUCUUUGGCUCUGAGUUUCUGUGCGGGGUAGACCCUCCAGUGCUCAAGCUGCAGCGAUGGGACAACGAACGCAGCCUCUACAUUUCCCUGGUCGACCCAACAAGAUCGCCGGGCGACACCCCGCCUCAGACUAGCCUCUCUGACCUGAGUGAUUUGGAGAGAAAAUUGACUGCCAACGACGUGGAAAAUGGAGAGGCCGUGGCAACCAAGAUGACCCCGACCAGUCCUUCGGAGACCUCGUCUGAAAUUAAAAGUCUGCUAUCCAGAAAGGAGGAACUGACACGGGCGCAUCAAAUGCACGAAAGGCACCGCCAGCAAGCACAGGCAAUUCUAGACCAGCAAGCAGGCUGCGUGGAGAUGAAGGUGCGUCCGCGACUGCUGAUCCCAGACACGAACUGCUUCAUCGACCACCUGGAAGACCUGCAGCAGGUCGUCAAUGUUUUCACGCUGAUGGUGCCCCUUGUCGUUUUACACGAGCUGGAGGGUUUGGCCAGGGGCAGCAGAAGUCCCGCACCGUUGGGGGCGCCGUCGGAAAACGCGCAGCACACCAAGUAUGUGGCCGAAAGGGCGGGCAGUUCGCUCGCCUUCCUCAAAAGUCGACCUCAGGGCGUCAGGUGCGUCACAACCAAGGGCGCCGUCCUGGCUCCGACGGGGGUCGCCAUGGUCGAGGACUCCGGAGAACAGGAAAUGAAAAACGACGAUCGUAUUCUCAACACUUGCCUUAGUCUGAUCAAGACGUAUUCCAGAGGAGACGAAUCAACCACCGAACCCCUAAAACCAGGCGAAACGCGACACCUUUUUCGGGAAGUCGUGCUGCUGACUGAAGACAGGAAUCUGCGCGUCAAGUGCUUGGCCAGGGACGUUCCUGUCAGGACCAUCAGUGACUUUUUGAAGUGGGCCAACCCGAAACCUUGAACCCAACGUGCGUCCCACCCAAGUACCUGCAUCAAGCAACGGCGACUCCGGAAAGGGUUUCCAGCUGGUCUGGUUUGCUCUCGAGAAGAUCAUGACGGUUCAGAGAAUGCCUUUUUGAAUCAAUUUUUACAUGCCUUGUGGUAAUCUAAUCUGCUGCUGCUGUUGGAGAAUCUAAGCCGUAGUGUUACCAAAACACUUUUCCCCCAUAUUACGACUUAGGCCCGCUGUACGUACUUUUCUGUCACAAUUUUUGUAUUUGUGUGUAUAAAAAAAAAAUUAGAAAGAAGAAACUCCCAAUUAGAAUGGUUUAUAAUUAAUAUGUUUGAGACCUUGUUUCUCGAGUUGAGCUUGUUAAUGAUUAUUUUAUGAUCAGAUUACUCGGCCUGCUAUUUCGGGCUUAUUUUUUAGCGUCGUUUUUUUACAUAAUUUUCCUUCUAAUUUAUGAAAGCAUUCCUAAUUUAAGUGCAUCUGGUGUAAUUGUGUGUUUAAACAAAUCAGCGCCAUCUUUUAAAUAAUAAUAAAAAAUUAUUAGUGCAACAGAAGUCGCGAAAAGCGUUUUGCGAGAUCUCAGUCCUUAAUAGAAAAUCAAAAUGUGAGCCACUACUAAAGCUAACAAUAAUACAGCUAAUUAAUUCCUAUUCUACCUCCCUCCGAUCAGGGUUGCCCCUUAAUUCGAGCAGUUAGGUCCUGCCUCCUUUAGUGAUAGUCCCAUGACACUCACACUUGUGUAUUAAUCCUCUAAGUUUGGUCUUGCCAGCUUGUUAUCCUAGCUUUUGAAAAGAAAUUACUAACAAUACUUUUUAUCACCAUAUCCAAUUAAAGGCACCAACUAGCAAGUAACUUUGUGGCCUCAAUGUAUUGUAAGUCGGUACUUAAUUAACGCAAUUAUUUUGGCAAAUUACUCAACUCGUAAUAGAAAAGCAAUCGGUCCACCAAACUGACUCUCACUGAUUACGCUCGUUAAUUGUGGUCAGCGUUGAUUUUCAAUUCAAUUGUAUUUAACUAACAACAGUGGCACAAUAUUGCGUGUGUGUAUCAAUUUGUUGAAAACUCAUCAAGAAAUACUGUUUAUGUAAAGAGCCUUGCAGAAUAAUUAUUAUGAGUAAUAAAUAAGUACUUUUUAAAAAUUA